GGAGUUAGAUAGCGUGAGCUGAGAGGAGAGUGGGAGAGAGUGAGAGAGAGAGAGAAAAAGAGAGAGAGAGAGAGCUAGAGAAAGAGAGAGCGGGAGAGAAAAAGAGAGAGAGAGAGAGAGAGUAGGAGGAAUGAAAGAUAACAGUUUGUGUGUGCACGUCUGCAUCAAAACUGAAUGCACUUCCUUCCAGUUCGCUGCAUCAACACCAGAGCACUCUGUUAAACUGGGGACCAACAAGGUUUCUUGACACAUGCCAUUGAGGACAAACCGUGGCACAAGAAUCUGUCAGCCUCAACAUUCGAGCUCCGGCACACUCUGAAGAACGCUCUGUUCCCAUUCAUCAGGGACCUUCUUGACUCCUUGGCCCAUUAGCUUUGUCAGGUACAUUAAGCCAAUUGAAUCGUUUGGAUUAAAGAACACGUCCAUAAAUGGAUGAAGAUACUGUAGCGACGUCCAUUGUCAAGACGCAGACAUGAUGAUGAUAUGUGAGAGUACUGUCUGAAAGUGCUGGAGAAGAAUACCUGGCAUCUCCAUGGCGACUAAUGGCCUAAAAAGUUCCCCUUCUGUUCCUGAGACGCUCCCACCCAAGAAGAGAAACUCGCGAGACAACUCCAAUGAACUUCCUUCGGAACACGUUUUCAAGACCCCUUCGCCCUUCUGGAACCAGAACGGCUAUAAGAGAGUCAGGAGGUCUAGGGAACCGGUGCCUGUUCCUCUCUUAGAGCCUCAUAUACCACAAGUGUAUCACCCACAGUGGCCUGAAGUGGCCUCCGCCCUAAACCCUGCACUUUCACAUGCAUUGUCGGAUGGUGGUACAUUCCCCUCUUGGGGGCAUCAUUUCACAAGUAGUGAACGGCUCCAGAACCUACCCAACUACCCAGAUAACAGCGAUCCCAUGAGGUUGCACAACUUGUACAGCUCUCCAUACUAUUACAGUUAUAUUCCAGCAGAACCAAGGGAUGUGUUUCUUAAAAGCUACCACAGAAGGCUCACUGGACGCAGUCAAUACAGCACACCAGUUGUCAGGCCCGUCCCUCAGUCUUUAGCGUGCCAUUACAGCAGAGGGAUUCUCAGCAAAGACAGCCUCAGUGGGGAAGAAGCGAGGCACCGGUUUGAAGGCGAGAGAGUGACUCAGUGGCAUGAAAGACUGCAGAACCAAAGAGCCGCACAAGAAUGGAGACCGAGGAAGAGGGACUAUACAAGGGACUCUGUAAAGUGGGACUCCAUACAAUGGAUUCCCGAGUCUGGAACUGAACCCUCCAGACACAAGCAGUACUCAGAGUCAAAGGAAGACCUGUCACAGAACCAAGACGGCAGGACAGGGGACGUAUCAAACAACGAUGACAGGAGGACAGCAGAUCUCCACCAGCAGCUCCACCAGCAGCAGCAGCAGCAGCAGCUUCCUGUGACUCACCCCUCAUGUUCCAGCACCAAGCACUCAAAGUGGGGCACCGAGGAACAAGCAGGAGAGCAGCUCCCCCUGCUGGCCAGGAAUGAAAGCACCGAGGCCCACAAGCAGUUGGCUUCCACCUGGCAGAUGUCUCGCUUCAUGGAGGGCUCUCUGAUUGAGCUGGUAGGUGGGAAGCUGAAACGAGUGCAGGACUUAAAGAUGGAGGACUUUGAGAGCUGUACCGAGUCAUGCCCGGAGCUGAGUCUGAGGAGAUUUACUGUGCAGAAGAUCACACACUCACACAAAUGCCCUGGACUGACCUCUUUGGAGGUGGAGCUGGCAGAUGAGCACCACUUGAAGUUAUCUCUGGAGGUGUGUGAGGAGUACCCGUUUUACGUGUGUGGCCGUGGUUGGUCUUCAUGCAGCCCUGAGAGGACGGCCCACCUGUGCUGCCUGCACUGCCACCAGCUCCAGCUGGGGGACGUCUGUCUGGCCUUAACACCUGUGCCUGCACCACCUGCCGCGUCUACCCUGCCCUGUAAAGAGGAGGUUGAUGAGGGGAACCUGCAUCAGGGGAACAGUGCAGAACAGUCAGCAGAGGAAGUGCGAGCGGGGAAACAGAGGAAGAGACACCGCUCGGCUCCUGAACUCAGGAAUUUACUACAAUGUGAAACAAGACCGUAGAGUCACAUUUUUUAUAAUGGGACAUUGUAUAAUCAUAUUUUUUUUAUUACUGCUGUCCUUAGAAAACCAGGUACAGUGCCUUGCAAAAGUAUUUAACCCCCUUAAAAGUCCAUAGAUUCAUCCUUUACAGGAGAGAGAUAAAACCUUCUAAAUUUUCAAUGGAAAUCAAUGUAAAAGGAGUUCAUUUUAGGUAUUUUUUAAGUAUUUCAAUUGGACUGUUCAUUAAAAAAAAAGGUACAGUGUAUGGGACAGUUUGUGCAUUCAAAUUUUGUAGUAACCUAAAAUCGACAAAAAUAAAGAUACUUGUUUUUCACUGGACAGCGACUGUAUAUAAAGUAUAUACCUUAGUAUUAGUGUGUAGUACACAAUUGGGACACAGUCUUGCUUUGACUUUGUGCUUGAGAUCAUUGUCCUGCUGAAAUGUGAAGAAGGCUUUCCUAAUUAGUUAGCAAGCAUUGCUAAAUCAUUCUGUAUAUUGUCCCAGUUUUAACAAACUCCAC